UCCAUCUUUUCCGUUCAUGUCUCGUUCUGCUUGUUCGUACUCUGCUAUUCAGGCUGUUCUGCUUCCGGCUGAGAUUUUUUCUAUCUAGUCAUAACAACCCUUGCUCUGGGGGUCGCUUCCGGUGCUCUCGGAUUUUUUGUUGGUUACUUACGACACCGUCCUGAAGAAAAUCAGCUUGGACACGAAGCAGAAGACGAGGAAGACAUCCCUGACGGAGAUCUUACUGCUGUAUCAGCUCGUUUUCUUGAGCCCUGCAAACUUGUUUUGGUCGUUCGAACUGAUCUGAAAAUGGGUAGCGGUAAAAUAGCGGCACGAGACGCGACACUUCGCUGCUACAAGGCGCUGGUGAAGAAAAAUUCUAGCCUUGUUGGCCAUUGGGAACACACAGGGCAAGCGAAAAUCGUGCUCAAGACUACUUCAGAGGAACGGAUUCUUGAACUGGAAACGAUCGCGAAGAGCCUGAACCUAUGCGCACGUUCAGUAAAGGACCAGGGUACAAGGACGGUUCUUGGCAUUGGCCCUGCUCCCGUCAGACUCAUCAACGAAGUUACUGGCAAAUUGCGCUUGCUGUGAGGACAGAAGAUAGGAAUCUGAUUGCUAUACAAGGCCAGUCUAGAUGGCUAAUGGUGCAGUGUACAUGCGGAUGUUAGUGAUACAGUGUGGAGAAUAGAAAGGAUACAAUCAGCAAUCUGGUACACCAUUGUCACCGACUUGGUGCAACAGACAUGUAUCGACUUGACAUGCGUUGUUUCAUUCAUAGC